CAAGGCAAGGCCUAAAACAUUAGAAAGAUAACAAUGGAGGAGCCAUUUCUUCCAAGAGACGAGCUUCUAGUCCCCUCUCAAGUCACAUGGCAAACAAAUCAAUUAACCGUCGAGCUAAAGAAACUGAGCCGCUUGGCCGCUCCUAUGGCCACCGUGACCAUUGCUCAGUACUUAUUGCCUGUCAUUUCAGUCAUGGUUGCUGGCCACAACGGCGAGCUCCAGCUCUCCGGUGUGGCUCUUGCAACCUCCUUCACAAACGUCACCGGUUUCAGCAUUAUGUGUGGAUUAGUGGGUGCACUUGAAACUCUUUGUGGCCAAGCUUAUGGAGCCAAACAAUACGACAAAAUCGGAACUUACGCAUACUCUGCAAUUGCUUCCAACAUAACAAUUUGUUUCCUCAUAUCAAUUCUCUGGCUUUACAUUGAAAAGAUCUUGAUUUCUCUAGGACAAGACCCUGAAAUUUCAAGAAUCGCUGGCUCCUACGCCUUUUGGCUCAUACCGACUUUAUUCGCCCAAGCGAUUGUCAUACCACUGUCCCGGUUUCUGCUGACACAAGGGUUGGUUCUUCCUCUGCUCUUCACUGCCGUGACGACCCUUUUGUUCCACGUUUUUGUUUGUUGGACUUUGGUUUUCUUGUUUGGUCUGGGAAGUAAUGGACCUGCCAUGGCUACUAGUGUAUCUUUCUGGUUUUAUGCUGUGAUACUCUCAUGUUAUGUGAAAUUCUCCAGCUCUUGCGAGAAGACUCGCGGAUUUGUAUCCGAAAAUUUUGUGUCUUCUAUCAAGCAGUUCUUCCAAUACGGAAUCCCAUCAGCUGCAAUGAUUUGCCUAGAAUGGUGGCUAUUUGAGAUACUCAUACUCUGCUCAGGUCUUCUCCCUAACCCGAAACUCGAGACCUCUGUUCUUUCCAUAUGUCUUACAAUAGAAACUUUGCACUAUGUGAUUGCAGCUGGAGUCGCCGCAGCUGUGAGCACACGUGUAUCAAACAAUUUGGGAGCUGGGAAUCCUCAAGUUGCUAGGGUUUCAGUAUUAGCAGGGCUUUGUCUCUGGAUAGUAGAAUCAGCUUUCUUUAGCAUACUUCUCUUCGCCUUCAGGAACAUCAUAGGCUACGCAUUCAGCAACAGCAAAGAAGUUUUGGACUAUGUCGCUGACCUGACUCCUUUGCUCUGUCUCUCUUUCAUCCUCGACGGCUUCACAGCAGUUCUUAAUGGGGUUGCUAGAGGAAGUGGUUGGCAACACAUUGGAGCUUGGAACAAUACUGUUUCUUAUUAUCUCGUAGGAGCUCCUGUUGGAAUUUACUUAGCUUUCAGUCGUGAGUUGAACGGAAAAGGACUAUGGUGCGGUGUUGUGGUUGGAUCCACUGUACAAGCUACUAUACUCGCUAUCGUCACAGCUUCCAUAAAUUGGAAGGAACAGGCUGAGAAGGCUAGGAAGAGAAUAGUCUCAACUGAAAAUAGAUUGGCUUAAACAAAUGAUGGUUCUCAUAGUUAUCUCAAACUAUUUGUAUGCCUUAUGCUAAAAGAUGUU